GUUUUAUAUUCAAAGGUAUAAACAGAUGCAUGGAACACAGGAUUUAUUUGCAUCCAUGGUUGAAAAUGAUACUGAUGAUAAUAAUCUGUAGGUUGACACAUGGUUGACAGAAGUAAAAGUGACGUCUUGCGUGACGUACGUGAAAUUCCAGAAAUCCGAUGUCACAACAACAAUAUUGCCUAUUAGUCAUAAUGUGAAUUUAUUCAAUAAAGGUUUCAAAAAUGCCAAUUCAGGCCCCACAGUGGACAGAGUAUUUAACGUGUCCAGUUUGUUGCAAUGCAUUUGACGACCAACUUCGCAGUCCCAUUAGUUUGGGCUGCGGACACACAAUAUGUAAAGGAUGUUUGUCCAAUCUACAUAGAAAACAAUGCCCGUUUGAUCAAACGUUAAUCAACGUAGAUAUAGAUAAUUUGCCUGUUAAUACAGCAUUACUACAGCUUGUCGGUUCGAGCACAAUCAACGAUUCAGAAGAUACAUUUGACAAUAUUAUUAUACCAAGCGACAUUUUAAUCGACUACACAAAAUGCAGAAGAGAUGUUGAGGAAUUAGCAUUAUAUUUAAAACCACACUCAAAUGGAAGUGGCAGUAUACUAUCCAGGCCUAUGCAGAGGAAGUUGGUCACACUUAUCAACUGCCAGCUGGUUGAAGAUGAGGGAAGAACAAGAGCCAUGAGAGCAGCUCGAUCUUUGGGCGAAAGGACUGUUACUGAAUUAAUUUUGCAACAUCAAAACCCUCAACAGCUUUCAGCUAACUUAUGGGCAGCUGUUCGUGCAAGGGGUUGCCAAUUUUUGGGUCCAGCUAUGCAGGAGGAAGUCUUAAAACUCGUUCUUCUUGCUCUCGAGGAUGGUUCAGCACUAUCUCGAAAAGUAUUAGUGAUGUUUGUGGUUCAGAGAUUGGAACCUCACUAUCCACAAGCAUCGAAAACCAGUAUAGGGCAUGUAGUUCAAUUGCUUUACCGAGCAUCCUGCUUUAAGGUAUCAAAACGUGAAGGCGACUCAUCUUUAAUGCAACUGAAAGAGGAGUUUCGUACAUAUGAAGCAUUGCGCCGAGAACAUGAUGCGCAAAUAGUGCAAAUUGCAACUGAGGCUGGUUUACGAAUUGCCCCCGAUCAGUGGUCCGCAUUGCUCUAUGGAGACACUGCGCAUAAAUCGCAUAUGCAAAGUAUUAUAGAUAAAUUGCAAACUCCCCAAUCUUUCGCUCAAUCCGUGCAGGAACUUGUAAUUGCCCUACAAAGAACUGGCGAUCCGGGGAAAUUAUCUGUGUUACGAAAUCCUCUAGAGCUGCUAGCCGGGAUAGAUCCAAGCCCAGAAUUAUCAUCACCAAGCUGGAAGGAUUGUACUGAAUGUUUGGAAGCGGUGAAACAAGUGGUAGCUGGCCUUGUGGAGUUUAUUCAGCAGCAUGGAAGUAGACGAGUGCAAGAUACGUCUCACUCGCAACAUGCAAAAUAUAAAAUAAGCAUGUGUCGAGACCUGACACUGAGAGGAAGUUGCCCGAGAGGAGCAAACUGCACGUUUGCUCAUUCAAAUGAGGAGUUGGAAAAAUAUCGUGCAAAAAAUAGAAAGAACACCAACCGCAAUAAGGAUCAUCGAAUCGAAAACCAAUCGCCCGUUGAAAAAGUAUUUCCCCAACCCGAAGAAUACUAUUCUGUAUCAAAUAAUAGUCCUGUGAGUCCAAUACCAUUGCAAGCAGUGCCCAUUUCGAUACCGAGAAUUAGUUACGAGAUUCCCUUCAAUCCAAGUUACCAGCAAAAUCAUGGGCAAUUUUCGCAGCCAAUGUAUUCUCAGAGCGCGCCAUAUCCUUCACAGGAGAUGAUGUCUACUCCGGCUCAUAAUAUGGUUCUGGCAAAUGGCAACCCGAUUUACCCAGUGAGAUCGCAGUCAGAGUUUCAGGCUGUUCCGAACAAUCCUGGGCAGAAUAAUGAGAAUAACCGACGAACUGGGUGGGAUCAUAUGGCUUUAAAGCACCAAAACUACUUGGCACAGAAGCUGCCUCGCAAUCAAAUGAAAAGUUUACCAGAACUCCAUCAGCUUAAAAAAGAAGUUCUUAGUCAGUUAGAGAAGGUGGUGGGCAAAAAUGUUGCCACGGAAAUUUCCAAUAAGGCAACAAUUUUGGCCCGUCAGGAAUCUCAGCACGACUUGGAUAGUCCAACAUCCCCUUAUCAUUUCCUAACUGGCCAUAUUAACGCAGGUCCUACUUUUGUUAGAUCUGAUUCAAUAUUAGCAGCAGACGAUGACUAUGUUCCUUACGAUUCACCGUCUAUUAGUAAAUUCGGACCAAUUUCCAGGAUGCCGAAAGAUGGAAACGGAAUUGGCCAAUCUGUACCUGCUGCACACAGAGACGGAAGUUUAUCGUCAACUAUGACGCGGAGACCAGUUUCAUCUGGAAGCCCUGUCACAUCGUGGUAUAUUAAUAAUAAUAGUCACUAUCACCAAAACGGAGUGCCGUCUGGCCACCCAAUAAUAGUUCCUUCUGCAACUGGGAUUAAUGAUGCAUAUGUUACGUUUGGUUCUCCACACCUAAUACUUCACUCAAGACUUCAAGACACCCCCACCAAGGAACUCAUAGCCGAGUCUCAACGCGUUCAAGUUCAGCUGCGAAAUCUUGAAAAACAGUUAAACAAUCUGAAGCUUGCAUCUCAAGGCGUCACUUCGUUGAGUGAGAGAGAACGGUUGACGCAGCAGCUUCAAGUUAUUGAACAGGGUAUUCAGGAGAAGCAGAAGGAAGCUUGCCUUAAUAAAAUUGUAUAUUCACUGACUCAAGCAAAUCGCUCUCAUCAUGGAAAUCUGACUGGAAAGUCGGCUGACGAUGCCAUGUAUGAGCAAGACAUUGCCAAUGACAUGCGAAAGCUGGAGCUGCGGCUCCAGGAAGAGCUGGAAGAAUGGAGCGGUGAGGAUUCACCUAAAUGACCCAUUUGGUCCUAGUAAGGGUAAAAAUAUGCAGUUGAGUUUCGAUACACUUAAAAUCACAAUUACAUGGUCAAUAGAUUA